AUGGCAUCGCCAGCGGAAGAGGCCGCGGCGGAGGUGGACGGGGAGGGCGGUUGCAGCGAAGCCGCCCAGGCCUUCCAGCAGGCCGCGCUCCAGCAGAUGCGGCGCGAGCUGCGCCAGCACGAGCAGGCGGUGCAGGAGCGGCUGCGCCAACUCGACGAACGCCUGCGCGCGUUGGAAGAAAGGGCGUCGGGGAGCGGGCUGCCGGUGACCGUUGGAGAGGUGGCCCAAGAGGCCUCUGCGACAGCCAUCACCGACGGUCAGGCGCAGCAGGAGCCUGUGUCGCCUGGCGUGGCGGAGCGCCUGAGCAAGCUGGAGGCGGCGGUGGCCACGGCCCUGCAUACCAUGUUCCCCCGCGUGGAGGCGCUGCUGUCGCAGUUGGAGCGGGACUCUGUGGGACGCGCGUGCGACGGGGAGGACGUGGCCGAUCCCGCACCCGCCCCCGCUCGCCCCGCCGUCGCUGCCCUCGACCCCGCCGCCCAGCUGCUGGGGCGCCAGCUGCUGGAGGCCAUGCAGGACGGGACUCCGGAGCGCGUGCGGGAGCUGUUGGACGCCGGCGCCGACCCCAACUUCAGGCGCGGCGACGGCUGGACGCCGCUCAUGAUGGGCGCGCGCUACAACCGCAACCAGGUGCUGAUCGCCGUCGGAGUUAGUAGGCGCUGUUAGUGAUACGUUACCGAGAGUCCUUGGGACAAUGUGCCAAAAAACUGAUUUAGGUACUUAAAGCAGGUAACAGAAAUAUAAAAUUAGGCACUGUUAGGCCUGUAAGGUAACGUUUUAUGCACGUAAAUUAGGUUACAAAAUGAUUUGACCAGACAUUAAAAAAAAUGUAGACAAGAAAAAUUAUGUUUCUUGCAUCCAAAACUGAUCACAAAAGAGUUAAGUAAAGUAACAACCGGUAUGGGCAAUUCGCAAGAUGUGAUUGCUGAACAGAGCUUGAAUCAUUCUUUGUAUUGUCUUGCAGAACUCAUGUUCGGUGUGUUGGAUGAGAUAUUUUGGUGCGUAUGUCAUGAAAUAAAGCAAAUUGGGUCGGGCGAAUUUGGUCAAGCGAAAAAUUAGGAUAAUUAUUUAUUAGUACAUUUAUGUCCGUUGUUUACUGUCUGAAAAAUUGCCAACUCUCUGAAAUUAACAUCAAGAAUUCCUUUAGAUUAAUUUAUGAAGAGAACAUAGUACAAAACAUGCAGUCGAAAAGUUACAUAAAUUUCCAUUCUUCUUUUAGGUCACCAUUCUUUUAGGUCGUAAAAAGGAAACAUUUUAUAAAAAUGCUAACUGACCCCGGCGUCCGGCCGUCCAUCUGUCUUUUUCUUCUUCCCCCUCUCUCACCGUCCCUGUACUGUUUCUCCCCGUCUGUGUCUUUCUCUGAUUUUCUCUUUCUCACCUUUCUCUUUCUCACCUUUCUCUCUCUCUCACACACACACCUUUCUCUCUCUC